AAAAAUCGCUGCGUUGCAGAGAUACAAACAGUCGUGGAAGAAGUUCAAGAAAAAGGAAAAAAAUAUGAUAUUCCGUUUUAUUUCAUAAUAUCGAUUUUGGAGAUAUCGCAUCUGUUUCGCCUUUGCCAAUGGCGGAGAUGCCUCAACAUUGGUCUUACAAGGACACAGAGACGUUGAUCAGAUGGCGUAUGGCUCAUGGAUAUUUAUUCUCAGGCUGGAGAAACACAUGCAAAAAUGGAUGGGAGCUAUUCAUAAAUGAAACUACAUCGGACUUGGGUGGAAAUAUUACUGCUCAAAGGGCGAAGAAAAAGUGGGAAAAUUUAAAAUGCAAAUACUCGGUUUUAAAAGCUCUCGCACAAGACGUCGAAACAGUAAAACCUGACUCCUGGCGAUGGUUCAGACUAAUGGAAAAGGCUGUUGAUGGAGAUCCUAGUGAGGUCGACUCUCCACAACCAACCCUGAUGAGCAACCUAGCCAACGAAUCUGAAUCUGAAUGUGCAGCCCAGCCCAGCAAGAAGAUGUAUCAGGUUGAAAUGGGGAGUGAUAUUCUAGAAUUACUGACACAUUCUGUAAUUGAGGUCAACACUCAAGAAAUCGUGCAGGAUGCAGUAACCUUAUCAGAACCAGUGGAACCUGAGAAAUUUAGGCCGGUGGAAAACAUUAGGAGUCCUCCAGAGAAUCAGGAUGAGCUACACAUUGAGAGAGCAAAGCUCAAGAAAGAGAGACUGCUUCUAGAGAAGGAACAUACAGAUCUGGACCGAGAGCGACUGCUUCUCGAGCGAGAGAGAUCUGUUGCAGCGAGGGAGAAAGCAGCUUUGGAGAGAGACCGAUUACAGCUGGAAAAGGACAGGGCUGCGAUUGACAGAGAAAGAGCGUCUCUGGAACAGGACAGAGCGAGACUAGAGCGGGAUAGGGCGGCUCUUGAAAGGGACAGAGAGACUUUUACCACCAUGAGUUUAGGGUCAAACGGACACGUCCAGCCGGGCUCUCCUCAUGUGGAGGAUAGGAAGCGGUUAAUAUUUUUGUUUGAAAAAUUAAUCGAGAGAUUUUGAGAUCACGGUCCACAGAGUCAUUCUGUGCAUUUGGUUCAUGGUAAGGUGGUACUUGAAAUGAAAAAAGUACUGCACCUUCAAGCAUUUCAAAGUAUAUUUGUCUUUACGAAGUGGACACUUUUCAGGAGUAGUGCAAAGUGGAAAUUGCAGUAGCACCUGCUUCAAAACUUUAAUUUUGUUGAACUGUUGAACAUUUUUUUCACAAUUCUGGUCAACAGUAAGCUGUUAUCUGUAAAGCAUUCCAUCUGAAUGAACUUCAAGUUAAGUUGAACUUCAGUUGUUGUUUAGAAUUAAACAUUUUUCUUUUUUGUUUUUUUGUUCAACAAAAAAUUAAUAAAGUGCAGGUUUAAAAGG